AUGCCCUCACGCUCCCCCUCGCCGGCAGCUCCUCCUCCUAUCCCCACCACCCCGGGCCCUCGCGCCACGGCCCUUCAAAAACUCUACACCGAUGCCAUAGCACACAUCCUCAAAACCUGCUCCCACGCCAACUUCGCCUCCUGCUUCCCCACGCCCGCCGCCACCGUACCGGGCUCCAUCAAACUGCUGCACGAAAACUUCACCACCAAAUUGGGCGAGUCGAUGCGGAAAGAAUUCGAAUCCGUGCUCGCGGAGAGGGACGUAAUACCCGCGUUGAAUGAGCUGGACCGCGUGGUUGAGGAUGCGAGGAGGCGCAAGGCACAGGCUGAACAGGAGAAUGGACGCGCAGAGAGACCGGUUCCAGCGCAUACAUUACCGCCGAGGACGUUGUAUAUUUCAAGGCUAGCGCCGACGUUGAAGACGUACGCGGCGCAGGUUCAAGCGCGACAGGUGGAGUUGAGUGGGGAGAACGUGGAGCUGAUGGAGAGGGUGAAGAGGCAGCGGGAGGAGAUGAGGAGGUUGGUGGAGGGAUUGGAAGGGGUCGUGAGGGAUUUGAACGGGAGUGUGGAGGUGCUGGGUGGGCUGGAGGGAAAUCGCGACGGGUCGUAG